UGGGCCCGCUCGGGCCGGGGGGCGGCCCCGAGGCCCGUCCGCAUCCUCAUCCCGGCCGGGGGCGCCGCGCCGGGGCCGCCGCUGGGGCCGGUGCUGGGCCAGCGCGGGGUCUCCAUCGCCGCCUUCUGCAAGGACUUCAACGAGCGCACCCGCGACAUCAAGCCCGGGGUCCCCCUGAGGGUCCGGCUGCUCGUGCAUCCUGACCGGACCUACUCGCUGACCAUCGGGACUCCCCCCACCUCCUACUUCUUUUCAGUGAUUUUGGUCCCCUCAGGGCACGAGGCGGCCGGCGCGGUGUCCCUGGGUGGGUUUUGGGUGUAUUUUGAUGGAUUUUGGGUCCCCUCAGGGCACGAGGCGGCCGGCGUGGUGUCCCUGGCGCAGCUCUUCGAGGUGGCCGUGGCCAAGCAGAGGGACCCUGCGGUGGGCACCCGGGGCACGGCCCUGCCCGCCCUGGUGGGCUCCCUGGUGGGCUCUGCCCGCAGCCUCGGCCUGCUCGUGGUGCCCAGGCUGACCCCCCAGGCCGUGGCCGAGGUCCAGCGGCGCCGCCGGGAGCUGCAGGCGGCCGCAGCGCCCCCUGGCGGCCAGGAGGACCAGGGGGCGGCCGGGAGGAAGUGACCCCAAAAACACCCCAAAAACACC